GAAAUUCCCAAAAUGGCUGCCGAAAACCUUCCUGGCACGGUUUUGGAGAAUUUAUUCUCAUAUUUAGACAUAAACGACCUACGAAAUUGUUCUCUUGUGUGCAAAUCAUGGUACAAAUAUCUUAACGACGAAGAUAACGACGUGUGGCGUUUACAUUGUGUGAGAAAACUUGCAGAAGAAGCUUUAAAGUCAGAUAUUUUGUCGAACUGUCCCACUUACAAAGCAAAACUACGUGCUUUUUAUCAUGCAUGGAACCCAAACGACUGUUCAAGAAACAUUUAUAUCAAACCAAACGGCUUCACACUUCAUAGAAACCCUGUAGCCCAGAGUACAGACGGCUGCCGGGGAAAAUUAGGCUUCAAGCAAGGUCGUCAUUGUUGGGAAGUGGUGUGGGAGGGGCCGCUCGGAACAAUUGCUGUAAUCGGACUCACCACAAAAAAUGCAAACUUACAGUGCCAUGGCUAUUCAGAACUACUUGGAACAGAUGAUCAGUCAUGGGGAUGGAAUUUAGUUGAUAAUCAUUUGCUUCAUAAUGGAGAUUCGCAAGGGAAUUUCCCAUUGUUAAAUAAUGCACCAAAAUACCAGGUGGGAGAAAGAAUCCGUGUGAUAUUGGACUGUGAUGACAACACGCUAGCAUUUGAAAAGAAUUAUGAAUUUUUAGGGGUGGCGUUUCGUGGAUUACCGAAUGACACUCAAUUAUACCCAUCAGUUUCGGCAGUGUAUGGAAAUACAGAAGUGACUAUGGUGUAUUUAGGUCAACCUUUAGAUGGAUGAUAAAAGCUUUUUCAUUGUUUUAACUCCAGUGUGUAUUAUAGGUUGAAGUUAAGAAUAUAGCAGUAUAUGUGUCGAAUUGUUUGAAUUCACUGUUUGAUGGGAAAAGCAAUCUUAGUGUUUGAAGUUAGCAAAAAAGUAUGGUUUUUGUUUGUCUUAAAAGAGUGAUACUGGUGGAAUGUUCAAGAAAAUGGUUUCGAUGUAACUGUGAAAGUGUAUUGGAUUGCAUAGUUUCCGGCCUAGAAAUUGCCAUUAAUAUACUGUAUAACCAUACACUAAACAGAUUUUGUAGAAAAUGCAAACAAAAUCAUUUUUCUAUUUUGUGUGAGUCACAGUCACUGUUAUUAUAUUAUCGUUUCAUCUGACAUCUCAUCUGUACCUGUUGUACCUUACAGGAACUAUUAACUGUAACAUGAGCUAAGUUGUGUAAGAGAAUUUUACAAUGUUGUUCAAUAUUCUGUCUACUGUAAGACUCGAGCAGAAUAGAAAACAUAGGGCACAAUAGCUAGAGUUUACGGGCUGACAGCUGAAGUUGUUUCCAAAGGGCUCAAUACCUAGGACCCCGGGCCAAUAAAGCUUAAGUCAUUGUCAAAGAGCCCAAUAGCUAGGAAUCCUUGGCCAACAGAGCCCAAGCCAUUACCAAGUGGCAAAAUAGCUUUCAACUAGCAAAUAAAGCUCAAGUUAAGGCUACAUGCAUCGCACAGGGCCAGUCAAGGCUGAAAUUGCGUCCCACUGGGCCAGAAUACUGAAAAGAGGGAUAAGAAGCCUCCAAAAAACUGAUGUCAAUCAGCAGCAAAGAGAAAAGAAAGCGGAAUUAACAUAGUACAUACAUGGAGAAGAUCUUCAUGAUGUUCUGGGUGCAAUAUCUGAUUUAGUUAAAGUGUACCAUUGUCUUCACCACUGGUCAUUGCUGUCCAGGGAGAUGUCUACCAUUCCAAAUAAAACAGCUUUACUUUACAUUUGCAUUCAGAGAUAUAGAAAGCUGUGUAUUAGUUGAUAUGUACCUGUUACUGCAUAAUACGAGUCAAAGAUAGACUUCUAGAGUUACUAAUAGAUUCAAAAGUUCUGAUAUAAAAUGGAAACUCAUUUUACCCUAUAUGUAUUGUAAAUAGGGUUGGUUUUUUAAGAGAGAGACCCCUGUAUUUUGAAUAAUUCAUACUUACAAGUAUUGUUAUUGGCAGAAGUAUUGGAAAGAGGUAGUUAAUUAUAUUUAAAUAAAGUGUUUCUUCCCAAUCUCUGACCCAUACUCUACAUACCUAUGAGGAUUGCUGCUUUGAAAGAGACGGCAUAUUGAGCUCUCUUCAAGCAAUCAUUUGAUUAUGUGCACAUCUUUUGAUAAAUAUAAAUGUAUCUGUAUGUCACUGGAAGAGAAUCAUGUAUCAUUCAUGUUUUAUACCUUCUCAUAGUCGGAAUCUGUCUGUUUACUACUGUAAUCGUGUUAAGACUUUAGUGUUAGAGUGCAGUUAAGUCAUACGUUGAGAUUAAACACAGUGGAUACACGCAUACUUUACUUCGCUAGGAUCAUUUUAAUAGCCUUUAGGCAAGUUGCCACCAAGAUAUACACAAUGAAUGUAUGGGUAAAUACUUCUGUUACUGGUAAUAAUUCAUUACGAAUUACGCUAUGUAUAAAUUGUCUGUUUUAAAUCUUGUUAAAGCGACUUUACAGUAUUUCUAGCAUAUAAAGAAUAAUAUAUAUCAAUGUUACUGUUUAAUUUAUUACAUACAGUUCCGUAAACCUUUUGAUAUGGAAACUGAAUAUACCAAGUAUUAGAUAGUUGAAGAUGUUUUCAUUAUAAAUGAUAAGAACUGAAUUAGGAUGAAGGCAGUGUUCAAUUUUUCCUACUGAUUUGGCCCCGUUCUUAUCCAAAUGAGUUUACUUUUAUCAGAAAAAUUGGCCUUAAAGUUCACAAUCCUACACCCUUUUUGUUAAUCUCUUCACAAUAAGUACAGACAUGAUUAUAAGUAUCUUCCAUGGCCGAGAGUGUUAGAUAGGUUCAUCCCAACCCGAGCGUAGGGUGUUUUGCGGAAACGAGGUUUACAAAGUUUACGCAAAACACCCUGCGCAGGAGUUGGGAUGAACCUAUCUUACACGAGUGGCUAUGGUAGAUGCUUUGUCUCCCACUUCAGUUAAACAAAAUUAAGUAAAAAUGUAUUUUUUGCUUGAACUGUUUUGUGCAUAGUGAGAAAAAAUGCGUAUGAAUAUGUGAUAAUUUGUUGUUGUCAUGGAUAUGCGCGCAGUGAUUAUGUUAAUAGUCAAAUCGGUCUUUAAAUAGUUCUGAGAAGAGUGAAGCAUUAUCUUUUAAAAGGUGCCUGAAAACUUUUUUUAUGGUGACAUUUGAAGCGAGAAAUAAUUAAUAAGCAUUCUAAAUAUUGCCAUAAGACAAGGUUUCUAUGAUGCUACAGACGAAAGUAUUCAACAAGGGAGGUAACUACAAUGGGAUGACCAUUAAAAAGGAGUUCCAUACCAUGGGCAAGAUUAUAAGUAUCUUCCAUGGCCGAGAGUGUAAGAUAGGUUCAUUCCGACCGGAGCGUAGGGUGUUUAGCGGAAACGAGGUUUACCGAGUUUCCGCAAAACACCCUGCGCGAGGGUCGGGAUGAAACUAUCUUACACGAGCGGCUAUGGUAGAUGCUUUUUCUACCACCUCAGUUAAACAAAAUUAAUUAAAAAUGUUUUUUUUUUGAGUGAACUCCUUUGUGCUUAGUGAAAAUAAUUGCGUAUGGAUGUGCGAUAGCACGUGGUUGUCAUGGAUACGCGCGCAGUGAUCCAGUUUAUGUUAAUAGUCAAAUCGGUCUUUUUAAAUAGUUCUAAGAAAAAUGAAGCAUUAUUUCUUGAAUGGUGCGUGAAAACUGUUUUAUGGUGACAUUUGAAGCGAGAAAUAAUUAAUUAGCGUUUUAAAUAUUACCAUAAGACAAGAUUUUCUUGAUGCUACUGAUGACAGUCUUCAACAAUGGAGGUUAUUAUAAUGUGGUGACCGUUAAAAAGGAGUUCCAUACGGGCAUUUUAUCUUCGCCCGUGGGCAAGAUAAGAAUAUAGAUCUAGCAUGGUUAAAUUAUUGGAUCUACUUAUCUGAGGUGGGAGAAAAGAAUUUCUAGCAUGGUUUAACUUUUGGAUCUACUUAUCUGUGGUGGGAGAAAUGUUUAUAUGCAAUCUGUGACCACCUCCAAGGCACUGGGUAAAUUUAAAAUUAAAGGCACUUGUCGCUAUAAGCACAAUUCGAACAGCCCUGAUGCCAUUAAAACACACAGGAAGGCUGCAUUCUUUAUACAUUGUUAAAGAUUGAUGCCUUACAAUGAAUCUUUUUUUCACUUAGAUCUAAAGUUUUGAAAUGCUGUAUGACAAAUUUAAUAAGUGCUUGUAAUUUAUUAUUAUAAAAAGCAUGUUUUAAGAACUUUUUGUAUGACUGUAAGGUUUUACUGUUAUUAUGGGUGUCACGCGCUAGACAACCAAUGCUUUUGGUGAUACAAUGUAAAAAUAUGCUUUUAAAAAUGGCUGAAAUGUUUGAAAUCAAAUCUCACAUAUGGCAAAUUCAGUUUGGGGUUAAAUGAAAAGUUUUGAGAUAAAUUCUCGAAAGUCUGUUUUGAUAGAGAAUGUUCCAUUCUAAAUCCAGCCUUCAUUUGGAAUAGUAAUUAUGAAAAUUAAAACAAAAAAUCAAAACCAUAUGUCUUAAACCUUUCAAAAUAUCUUGGUUUAUAGGGUAUAUUACAACACAUCUUUUUUAGCCAUGACCAUAACUGGAAAAUUCAAGAUAUUUAAAUUAAAAUUGUGUACAUGUAGCACAGACAACAGGCAUAUGUACAACAAGGCCCAUGACUCUGGCAUUUAUAAAUGUUGAGUCUUUCCUGGUUUCACUAUAGAAAACAACAGCUGCUGCUCUGCUCUCAUGAAAAGUAAUUUUCUAAGACAUUUCAUGGAUAAAAGCUAUUAAAAUCAACAUUUUUGCUUAAAAAACAGACUUUCAAAAUGAAAAUCAAAAAAAAUCUUAAUGUAAUCAAAGUGAGACCUCAAAGAACAUAUUAACCAGAUAUUACAUUGAAAACUAUUGAAUAUGAAAGGAGAAAAUCUGGAAAGUGUUGGUUGUUCAUCAUGUGAGGCCCACACUAGGUGUUUCCCUGUUGUGGUAGAUGACUUACAAAACCAGAGCUGUCCUUACUCCAUUACCUGUACAGUGUGUUUGCACUUGUGAAUUAUAUUGACGAGAUAUUGACAAUAUAUUUACACACAUACUUAUCAUCGCACUACAAAAGAUAUGGUUCUUACAGAUGUCCACUUCUUCAAUUUGAAGUCUUUAUUUUCCAGCAUAAUAUUUAUGAAAAGUGAAAAAUUGUCUUUUCUGUAAUUGCACAAAAGUGUUAACAUUCUUCAAAAGAAAUGUCAGAAUGAAAAAAAUCGAAAUCAGUGGGGUGAGCUGAAAAGUGUUAUUAAUUGCAUAAGCUGCAAUUGCAAGUAAAAGAUUGCUCUAGAAAUCAGUCUCAGAAGAGGUGUUUCUCAGAAGAGGUGUUUCUCACACAAAGCCAGAAAAAUUCUGUGAAAAUAAAAAAGCAUUUAUUUCUUUAAAUGUCAUUUUAUCACUUAAGAAAGAAAGGGAUAUGAAAAAAAUAACCAAAAUAUUGUCAUAUUAUAACUUUUUAUUCAAAUUUAUAAUAUAAUUUUUUUCAUAUAUAUUGUGCAGAAGAACUUCAAUAUGUACAUUUCUGAAAGAAAAUCAUAAUUUAUUAUGAUAACAUACUAUUUAUAAUAACAUACUAUUUUCUAUUGAGACCUCUGUGAGAGCCAUUUCUGGGUGUAGAACGGUACAAUGAUAAUAUACUAUUUUCUAUUGAGACCUCUGUGAGAGCCAUGUCUGGGUGUAGAACGGUACAACAUUAUUAUUACUAGCACCCGAUUUCUAAUGGAUUGUGUUGAUCAUGGGUCAUUGUAUUGUUUAUUUUGAACAAAGUGCUAAAUAUAUGAUUUUAAUAUGCC